AUGGAAAUCCCCCUCCCAGAACCCUUCGCCUCCAUCCCCCGCUACACCCUCACUCUUGGCCCCUCGCCCAUCCACCCCCUCCCCAACACCUCCGCAGACCUACACACCCGCAUCUACGCCAAACGCGAGGACCUCAACUCCGCCCUCGCCUACGGCGGCAACAAAACCCGCAAACUCGAGUACCUGCUCGCCGAUGCCGUCGCCGCAAACGCCACAACCCUUGUCUCCAUCGGCGGCGUCCAAUCCAACCACACCCGCCAGGUCGCCGCCGCCGCCGCACACGCCGGCCUCACCGCCCGCCUCGUCCAGGAGCACUGGGUCGAUUGGUCGGAUGCGCACUACGACAAGGUAGGCAACAUCCAGCUGUCGCGGCUGAUGGGGGCGGAGGUACGGCUGCACCCCGCCGGCUUCGGGAUUGAACACAAAGAAAGCCUGCGGCAGCUGAUGGCGGAGUGCGAGGCGCGCGGCGAGCGGGCGUACUACAUCCCUGCGGGAGCAUCGGACCACCCGCUUGGCGGGCUGGGGUUUGCGCGGUGGGCGUUUGAGGUGCGGGCGCAGGAGCGGGAGAUGGGGGUCUUCUUCGAUGUGGUGGUUGUGUGUGCGGUGACGGGGAGUACGUUUGCGGGGAUGAUUGCAGGGUUUAAGUUGCUGGAGCGGAUGGAGCCUGGCAGCAAGAAGCGGCGGGUUAUUGGGAUUGAUGCGUCGGCGAGGCCGGCGGAGACGAGGGCGCAGGUGCUCCGGAUUGCGAAGAAUACGGCUGUUAAGAUCGGGCUGAAGGAGGAGGAUAUCUCCGAGGAGGAUGUGGUUCUUGAUGAGAACUACCAUGAGGGGGUUUAUGGGGUGCCUGGCGAGGGGACCAUCAAGGCUAUGGAGUAUGCGGCGAGUAAGGAUGCGUUCAUCACGGACCCUGUGUAUGAAGGGAAGAGCUUCGCGGGGUUGAUUGAUUUGGCGAAGAAGGGCGAGUUCGACGGGAAGACCGUGCUCUACGCGCAUCUCGGGGGGCAGCCGGCUUUGAAUGCGUAUAGCGAAGUUGGUAGGGCAAAGUAG